AUGGGGAUUGAAGACCUAUUAGAUGAAGAGGAAGCGGACGACAUCUCAAGCGGUAGUGAAUGUGAUGCGAUGGAAGAAUCUGAUCAUUUGACCGACACUGAACAGAGCGCUAAUAGUGCUGAAGAUGAAGAAGACACCCGAGACAUAGCAUCCAAUUGCAAUUCAUCACAAUCGAGCCAAAAAAUAACUAAGGCUGGGAUUACGAAAACUUUUAACAUUGAAGGCUGCGAUGGAAGUCACGUUUGUACACUAAAGGGUGGCAAUAAAUUGUCUGUUUCUUUAGAUUACCAAGUUGUUCUAGACUAUGACGACACUGAGGCCAGGUUUGAAAUGUUUGCCCACUGGAGCCCAACCCCCGGUCAAGUAGUGGUAUCUGAUUUGAUCUCAUCAACCGAUGCGUGUCAUUACACCGCCUGUCCUAUACGUAAAGGUGUUGCCCAGAAGUUGACUCUCGACACGACUGUGCGCUACGAUGUAUUCAACGUAGACGUCCAUAACGUGACACUAUAUGCCCAAAUUCACGGUAUAAAAUCCGGGCACCUUUUGGAGUGCACUUCGGUUACGGUGGAUAUCCUUAAAUAA